CGCAAAGCAACGACGACUGCAGUUCCACUGCUGCUGCUGCUGCACCACGAACUGUUUGUUUACCUCCAAAAGAUUUGUGGGGUGGUAUCGUGAGGUGUGUGCGAAAUUGCAAAAAAACAGAAAAGCGACUUCCGCGCUAGCGAAUGAAGCCCUCAGACAUGUGAAGCGUCGGCCAGGGGCCCGGUCCGUACUUCCGGACGUAAUAGUUUCUCUGUCUCGCGGUGGAAACACGUAUCAAUUCCGUGUGUAGGAUGCGGAUCGGUUCGCUGCUCCCUCACUCUUCCUGUUGAAUAUGUCCAGUUUCGAGUUUCUACCCUUUGAGAUAAGUUGCAUGAUCUUUGACUAUUUGAGUGUGUCGGAUUUGAAGAAUGCCUCCCUUACGUGUCGCCGCUGGUGCCACAUCAUCUUCUCCGACAGCUACAUCCGGCGGUUCAUGCUGCGGAUCAACCUGCACCGGUCCGAUCAGUCCAAGCUGGCGGCGGUCAAGGCGAACGCGGCAUCGAUAUCAUCCCCGAGUCGAUCCCGGUUACCUUCGUCUUUUCCUUGUUCGCUUUACCAGCGAUGUCGAACGGCCAAGGGAAAGUCAAAGUGCGAACUCCGCCAGAUGUCGCUGGUUCUGCGAAGAUCCUGUCGCCAUUACAGUAACAUUACGUUCAUGUGCGACAACCGGAGCGAGUUCACGGACAAUGUGUUCAAUGUGAUCUUGAACUUGCUGAGGCCCAGCGGACUGGAGCGCGUUGAGAUCUUGAAGAUCAUACUGUCGUCAAAUUUGAACGUGCUCGUCACGAUUCUGAACAGUGCAAUUAGAAACAUGGGAAGACUGAAGAGUUUCCACCUGAUCUACGAUCCCCAGCGGAGACUUCAAUGCGGAGACCACGUGCGACCGUGCGUGAUCAUCGAAAGUCAAACGAUCACGCACAUUGAGCUAAAGUCGGUCAUACCGGAGCAGAUACAGCUGCCCAAGCUGGAAUCAUUGGACGUGAGUCUACAGCCCGGAAUUGCCACCUUAAUCCAGAGCGUGUCCGAUAGUUUGACCACGCUGCACCUACACCUGGACUGCACAUCGGCAAACUGUGGCGAAGAAGAGAUCUACUCACUGACCUUGGAUCGGCUAAAGGUGCUCAAACUGACCCGCGGAAUCAUGAACGAGUUCAGCUUCCCAAUCCCGGUCAGCUCCAACCGCCCAGGACUCAAGCUCCACUUCUUCCGCCACCUCGAUCGACUCGAACGGCUCAUCCUCGAGGAAAAGUACACCGCGGAAAACAUCUUCCUCGCAAUCUGCGAAACAUCGCGCAACCUCACCGAGCUCAAAAUCGACCACCUCAAGGUCGUCAACUGCACCGUACUGGACAAGCUGUCCCUGCUCGAAAACCUUAAAAUACUCACCCUCCCAAAUAUCUACUCGUCGCACGAAAUAUCCUUCCACUACGUCUACUUACCAAAACUGGAAGCUCUGCACCUUAAAAUCUUCAAAGACUCCACCCACUCGUUCAGCAAAUUUGUCAAUUUAAAGCGUCUCACCAUCGGUUCCUACACCUCGCAAACCCCCGAACUCAUCGACGUCAUCUCGAUGCACAUCCAGCAGCUGCGCGAACUCCGGCUCUUCUUUCUCGAUUACGCAGACGUCCCCUCCAGAACGUUCCGCAAGCUGACCUACCUCGGUCAACUCCACCGGCUCGAACUGGUCAACGGCCAUCUGCGGCGCAGUGUUUUCAGCCGGUGUCCGCCGGGGAUCAGCAAACUGGAGCAGAUCGUGUUCAGCUGUUGCCACCUGGACACGCAGCACUUUGACGGACUGCGCGAAAAGUUUCCCCGGCUGCGGGAUGUCCGAUUUGAGAAGUGUGAGUUUGUCACGUUGAUGGAUCGGAGUGCCGCCCAGCAGUGGGGCGUGGAUGAGUUGUAGGCCCCGGUGGCGGUGUCUCUCUAUUAAAACCCCCUUGCUAUAUUAAAACUACGCGUUAAGGUUAAUUUUAGGAUAAACCAAAAUUUCAAACUUUUAAAACGUUAAUAAAAUUUUGUUGAUGCAAUCUUAA